CAAGAAUCGGGUUGAAAAAAAACAUUGUUUUUUCUAGACCAUUAAAAAUUGUCUUGUGUUCGCCGCAUAUGUCUACUGAAUUCACCCAGGAGGAAGACGGAAUAACCAUAUGAAGAUUGGCUUAAUUUUCAACAUCCCGUCAAAGACACUCCCUUGUUGCGUUCCAUUACUAGGGGCAACAGCAGAUAUUCACAAGCUUCCUGACUCUCCUCCGGUUCCACCAUUUGCUGUUGUGUUCCCACUGCCCUUCUCCAUGUUCCUUGGUCCACAGAAGAAAUGAGGUUCAGUGGCACAGUCCAGCAGUUCCAUUACUCCUUCCUCCUCUGCGGUGCUAAAGAGGGAUGGUCCUCACCAGGACUUUCUCCUCAGCACUGGGUAGGCCCCAGAAGGGGGCCUCCACAACACACACUACUGCUCAUCCUCUUUCCUCUCACAACAUGCCACUGGGGGUGGCAUGUUACCUCAGCUUAUGUAGGAGGCCCGCCCCCUGCCAAUCCUGGUUGGGGAUUGAUUGGAGCUCCUACACAAGCUGCCUGUCACUCCAAUGCCAGGCCCUGCCUCCUUCUCUGUACAUUCUCCCCAGAGACAGGGGAGGCGUCUCAGAACUAGAGCACAGGUGGCCACACCCACUGCUAUACUAAACACUCCCUUGUUUCAAAUCAAAACAAACAGGCCUAGCAGUAAUGCACAGGCCUGCCUAAAUUUGGGGCCAGCCUAAAUUUGCCUGUACUAGAACCUGAAAACAUAAAAACCCUAUUAAAGCACCUACCAAAAGGUAGUGGGCGCUACAUUAGUCAUCUGAAACCAGAUUAUUCCUUAUCCACAGAGCUCUAAAAACAAAGCACCCCUUAUGUAUACAGUUAGUUUUUUUCUAUUUAAUUACAAACAAACUAUUCUGCUCACAUACAAAAUGGAGAAUGUCACAUCAUUCUGUACAGGAAAAAAUUAGAACCCCUAACUGCUGAUAGUAAAAACAUCAUCAAUGUACCUACCCCACCGCCCAAUGUACUGUGGGUAUUGAAAACCAUUUGAAAGAAUCAACUCUAGUCCUCACCAGAAGAAGGCAAUUAUAUUUACCACAUUAACCAAUGUUCACAAUUAAUGAGGAGGAAAUACAGUACACCAUAUAAAAGGUCCAUCUCAAUUCCUAAAUAUAAUGUCAUGUUCCUAAUAAAUGAGGAGGAGUUACUGUACACCAUAUGAAAGGUCCAUCUCCAUUCCUCAAUAUAAUGUCAUGUUCCCAACAAAUGAGAUGUAGACACUAUAGACUAGGGGUCCCCAUCCACCAAGCUGCGGGUCAGUACCAGUCUGUGGUCUGUUGAUGGCUGGUCCACACAGCAGGUGAGCGAUGACCGCAGUCCGGCCCAGACUAUCACAGACCAAGGUCGCCACUCACCUACUGUUAUGCUCCCGUAUCACUUUGCCUGUGUGCCCUCUCCCGGGUCUCCCACACAUCAGAGUGCCUCCACCCCACUGCUUGACAACAGAUGUCUUUAGAAGGACACAAGGAUCUCUACAAGGACAUCAAUAUGGAGAAUCAGCCGCCCCUCACAUCACCGGAUGACCAUAAUGUCCGGAAUACGUCUGAGGAAUCUUCUGAUAAAUCACAUACCAGGACUCUAAGAUCUCACAGUAGAAAUACUUUAAUAGAUCGGUCUAUUCCCGAGGAAUCUUCUUCAGGGCAGGAAGGAGAUCACACAGAAGAGAGGUCAUUGUCAUGUUCAGUGUGUGGAAAACUUUUCACAAAUAAGAGAGACCUUCUUAAACACAAGAAAUGUCACACUGCUGAUCGUCCCUAUUCAUGUUCAGAGUGUGGGAAGUGUUUCACUAGCAAACAUAAAUUUCUUGCACACCAGUACAGUCACACAGGUGAGCAUCCCUUUUCAUGUUCAGAGUGCGGGAAAGGUUUCACUCUGAAAGGAAACCUUGUUAUACAUCAGAGAAUUCACACAGGUGUGCGUCCCUAUUCAUGUUCAGAGUGCGGGAAAUGUUUUAUUCAGAAUAAUCACCUUCUUAAACAUCAGAGAAUACACACUGGUGAGCGUCCCUAUUCAUGUUCAGAGUGUGGGAAAUGUUUUAUUCAGAAAGAUCACUUUCUUGAUCAUCAGAAAAUCCACACUGGUGAGCGCCUGUUUGCUUGUUCGGAGUGCGGAAAAUGUUUUAUUAUGAAAAGAGUCCUUAUUGAACAUCAGAAAAUUCACACAGGUGAGCGCCCCUUUUCAUGUUCAGAGUGCGGGAAAUGUUUCAUUGAAAAAAGAAACCUUCUUAAACAUCAGACAAUUCACACAGGUGAGCGCCCAUUUGCUUGUUCAGAGUGCGGGAAAUGUUUCAUUGAAGAAAGAAGCCUUCUUAAACAUCAGACAAUUCACACAGGUGAGCGUCCCUUUUCAUGUUCAGAGUGUGGGAAAGGUUUCACUGAGAAAAAUUGUCUUGAUAGACACCAGAUGAUUCACACGGGUGAGCGUCCCUAUUCAUGUUCAGAGUGCGGGAAAUGUUUCAUUGUAAAAAGAGACCUUGUUAAACAUCAGACAAUUCACACAGGUGAGCAUCCCUUUUCAUGUUCAGAGUGUGGGAAAGGUUUCACUGAGAAAAAUUGUCUUGAUAGACACCAGAAGAUUCACACGGGUGAACGUCCCUAUUCAUGUUCAGAGUGUGGGAAAUGUUUCACUCAUAAAAACAAUCUUAGUAGACACCAGAAGCUUCACACAGGGGAGCGCCCCCAUUCAUGUUCAGAGUGUGGGAAAUGUUUCUUUCGGAAAGAUGAACUACUUCAACAUCUUAGAAUGCACACGGGUGAACGUCCCUUUCCAUGUUCAGAGUGCGGGAAAUGUUUCACUGAGAAAAAAAUUCUUCUUAGACACCAAAGAAUUCACACAGGAGAGGGCUCUUAUUCAUGUUCAGAGUGCGGGAAAUGUUUCUCUGACAAAAGAAAUCUUAUUGCACACCAGACAUGUCACACGGGUGAGUUUCCCUAUUCAUGCUCAGAGUGCGGGAAAGGUUUAGCUAAUAAAAGAAAUCUUAUUAGACACCAGAAGCUUCACACGGGUGAGCGUCCCUAUUCAUGCUCAGAGUGCGGGAAAGGUUUCAUUAGAAAAGAUAAACUUCUCGUGCACCAGAGAGAUCACACGGGUGAGCGUCCUUAUUUGUGUCCGGAGUGUGGGAAAUGUUUUAAAUGGAAAUUUUCAUUCGAUGAACACCAGAAGACUCACACGGGUGAGCGUCCCUAUUCAUGUUCAGAGUGCGGGAAAUCUUUCACACAGAAAGGAAACUUUGUGGAACACCAGAGAAUUCACACAAGUGAGCGUCCUUAUUCGUGUUCAGAGUGCGGGAAAUCUUUCACAUCGAAAGGAGGCCUUGUGUAUCACCAGAGACGUCACACGGGUGAGCGUCCUUAUUCAUGCUCAGAGUGCGGGAGAUCAUUCAUUGAGAAAGGCAGCCUUAUUAAACACCAGAGAAUUCACACGUGUGAGCAUCCGUAUUCAUGUUCAGAGUGCGGGAAAUCUUUCAUGACGAAAGGAAGCCUUGUGUAUCACCAGAGAACUCACACGAGCUAACGAUCUUUCUCAUGAUAACAGUGGUGUGUUGGGGGAGGGGCGGAAUAUGUUGAAUGUUUUUCAGGUUCGGUUUGAUAGAUCUGAGUCUGCAGGGAUUGGAUUCUAGUAAUAUGAUCCUCUAAACAUAUAGAGAUGACUCGGUCCCGCACUUACACAGACUGAUGUGCUAAUACAUGGCCAGAUAUGACAAUACAUGGACAACACUUCUUAUUGGUUGAUGUCGGUUUCUGUACAUUAUUGCUCUUUUUAUGUUUUACUGAAGAAGCCGGCUUCUCAUUGGUCCAACAAAUAAUAAAUACACUUUAUGGUUUAUUAUC